UACGAGCAAGAAGACUGGUAGGUUCAGAGACGAAGAGCAUCAACCCUAGCUGCUUUCGAUCGAAAUCAAUCCAUAAAACUGCAUCAAAAUUCCUUUUUUGUUGCGUUUUCCCACUUGAUCGAGCUCGUAUUUGCUCCUGAUUUUUCUCGCCGAUCGAUCCUCCUUGCAUCCCCAAACCCUAGAAAGGUGGCUUGGUAAAUGAAAGAGAGGAAGAGCGCCUCGGUCUUACGGCGGAUUUUGGCGAAUUGUUCGUCCCAGGCAAGAGAGUAUGGGAGAUGCAUAAAAGAAAAGGUCCCAGAGAUUGAACAUGACAUGUGUCUAAAAAGAAUUUCUUCAACUAAAAAAACCUGCAUGCAGAAUACGGUUAGAAACAAGGUUUAAAUUUAACCAAGCAUCUGGGAACCUUCCUGGAGUCCUAUUCCUUAACUCAAGGCGAAAAGGCUCUUUUACUCUGGACUACCUGAGAUCACUUCUUGGAUCUGCUAAACUCAACUGAACUUGAGGAACAAAAAAAGCCAGAAAUGCUCGGAAGCACAUCUAGUGAUUAUCCUCCAGUUGGUCUGGGCAGUUCAGGCACACUCUCUCAUGUUUAUAUUCAGCAUCCACCUUUACGGUGCAAUAUUCCUGAAACACAAGGGCUAUAUUAUGAUGAUGGGAACAAAUUGCUUCUUUCUCCCACUGCUGAUCAGAUUUUAUCAUGGAAAAUUGCUCCUACCAUGCAAUUUGAUCCGCCUGAGUCGGACUCCAUCAAUGAAGGGCCUAUUUUGUCUAUGCGAUGCUCCUUGAAUAGAAAAUUUAUAGGAAUCAAGCGAUCGAAUCAUGAGAUUCAGUUCAAAAACAGAGAAACUGGAGAGAUGUUCAGUCGAAGAUGCAAGCCAGAUUCUGAAAGCAUACUUGGUUUCUUUUGGACAGAUUGCCCAACCUGUGAUCUUAUAUUAGUAAAGACAAGUGGUCUAGAUUUACUUCGAUAUGAACAUGAGUUGAAUACGCUCCGCUUGGUGGAGUCCAAACGAUUCAGCGUGAGCUGGUAUGUCCACACCCAUGAAAGUAGGAUGAUUCUACUUGCUUCUGGCAUGCAAUGCACAGUUUUCUAUGGCUUCCAGUUUUCAUCUGGAGGAAUCAUUCGCUUACCAAAGUUUGAGAUGACAAUGACCAAGGCUGAGACAAAUCAAAAACCUGUUCUCACUGAAGAUGAUGUCCAUAUUGUGACAAUGUAUGGAAGAAUAUACUGCCUGCAACUUGAUAGGGUUGGCAUGCUACUCUACCUGUAUAGGUUCUAUCGAGAUGCUGUUGUGCAACAGGGAUCUCUGCCUGUUUAUUCUGGCAAAAUUGCAGUUAGUGUUGUUGAUAAUGUACUUCUUAUUCAUCAAGUGGAUGCCAAAGUUGUCAUACUCUAUGACAUUUUCUUGGAUUCUUUAGCACCUAUUUCUGCUCCACUUCCACUCCUGUUGAGGAGUUCAUCAAAUAGUAGGAGGCAAAAAAAUCCUUCAGGAGGGACAAUACAAUAAGUGCUUAUGGAGGAACCAUAUAUGGAGAUAGCUGGACUUUUUCUUGUUCCUGAUCUUAUAUGUGAUGUUGACAAUGGGCUAUUGUGGAGGAUCUAUUUGGAUUUAGAGGCCAUCGCUGCUAGUAGUUCAGACAUGCCUUUGGUUCUAGAGUUCUUACAACGGCGAAAAUCUGAACCUACCAAGAUUAAGCAGUUAUGCCUGGCUAUUCUGCGCACCAUAAUCGUUGAAAAGAGACCUGUAUCUCUGGUAGCAAGGGCAAUAGAUGUACUCAUUGGUUCGUAUGCUCAUUCAGUCAAAAUGGGAAAUGGCCUUCCAGUGGACAAGGGGGCUCCAGAGAAGUCCCAAAGUACUGGCAGCCGUUCUUAUGAGGAGCCAGGUAGUCAAAUGAACACGCAGAGACACAUGGAACAAGAAUCAAGCGGGAAGGAGGAGCACCAGCAAUUUAUAGGCACAGAUGCAAGCAAAACUCACGCUGAUGUUUCAACAUCUGUGGCAAUUGGAGCACUAAAGCUUGCUGUUUCUGAAAAUGUGGCCGACUUGAACUUAGAAACAGUGGGGACUAAUUCAGGACGGUUUCUGGAGAAGUCCUUUCCCACUGAAAGAGAAGAAAUUCAGGUGGAAAGCUCAAACACUGCUUCAGGAAAAUCUCCUUUACAGUCUGAAGAACUUAACAAUGGUCCAUCUACGUCUGCUUCUAGUCAGCAAGGAACUCAAUCACCAAGUGUAGCUAUUUCACCUGAGGACAUGCACAACUCUGUUUUUGCAGUUGUUGAGGAGGAAAUGGGUGGAGAUCCUGCAUACUUAGUUGCAAUUAUUGUAGAGUUUCUGCGGAGUGUUUCAAAAGAGAAAUUCAAAGUUCAUCCAAACAUUUAUGUUAUGAUCAUACAACUUCUAGCUCGCAACAAUCGCUAUCCUGAAAUCGGGAUGUUCUUAGUGAACAAGAUCUUGGAGCCCUCAAAAGAAGUUGCUCUGCAACUGUUAGAGUCGGGCCGCCAAAACUUAGCAACACAUAAGCUAGGAGUCGAUAUGCUUAGACAGCUGUCACUGCAUCAUGAUUAUGUUACCACACUAUUACAAGAUGGAUACUACCUUGAAGCUUUGCGCUACGCUCAUAAGCACAAGGUUAUUACAGUACGGUCAUCACUAUUCCUCGAGGCAGCUUUGGCCACCCGCGAGGCUCAAAAUCUUGCUGCCGUGCUGAGGUUUUUCUCUGAUUUUCUGCCUGGCUUCAAAGAGACAUCAGACUGCAGCAGGUACCAGCGAAUUCUGGUUGAAAUGAGUUAAUGAUUGAAUUGAGGUACACCAGUGACAAUACUUGUCAACCCUGAAAAUUUUCUGAUCAUUUUACAAGAUUCUUCAGCAAGAAACUUCAGCAGCAGGAAAUUGGUGUAAUGUGAACAUAGUUUAAAAUAGUUGAAUUGAAAGAUCUCAGUAGAGUAACAAUAUUGUAGCUUAUAUCAUGAAUAACUUUUUUUUUUUCUGACCUUUCUGUUUCAAUUGAGUGAUUAUCUUAUUUUUUUA